GCCGUCAUUGUCCAAUCAGCCUCCCCAAUGCAAUUCAUUCCCAGGUCAACCAAAUUUAUCCUCGUACCUAUUUUUCACCCCUAGUACAUGGUGUCAAUUGUGUUGAAACAGUUGCGAACGUCCUGAGCCACGGUCGACCGUAUUUUCGCACCAUUUCUAUCGCUGAGCCUGCAGUUUCUCCCCCCCCCUCUUCAAGUCCAAUCCACGAGCUCCUAGAGCUUCCACCGCCAUGACGAAGGUCGAGCACAAGGCUGUUUUGAUUGUCAUCGAUGGAUGGGGGAUCCCGUCCGAGAGCUCUCCUCCAGAAGGCGACGCAAUUGCUGCCGCCGAGACCCCCGUCAUGGACGAGUUCGCCAGAGAUUGCUCCAAAACUGCUCAAGGCUACACCGAGCUCGAGGCUUCCUCCCUCGCUGUUGGGCUCCCGGAAGGCUUGAUGGGAAACUCUGAAGUUGGCCAUCUCAAUAUUGGCGCAGGCAGAGUCGUCUGGCAAGAUGUUGUGAGGAUUGAUCAGACCAUCAAGAAGGGCGAGAUGAACAAGAUUUCCAACAUCACAAAAUGCUUCCAGCGAGCGGUCGAUGGCAAUGGCCGACUCCAUUUUCUCGGCCUCAUCAGCGACGGAGGCGUGCACAGUCACAUCAACCACUUGUUCGCCCUCUUGCAAGUCGCCAAGGAGAUGAAGGUCCCGAAAGUCUUCAUCCACUUUUUUGGAGACGGCCGAGACACGGACCCCAAGAGUGCUGCGGGAUACAUGCAGCAGUUACUGGACAAGCUGGCAGAGCUGGGCAUCGGUGAGCUGGCUACGGUCGUGGGCCGUUACUACAUCAUGGAUCGAGACAAGAGGUGGGAUCGGGUGGAGAUCGGGAUGAAAGGUAUUGUGCUCGGCGAAGGAGAAGAGUCAUCCGAUCCCGUCGCCACGAUCAAGUCGCGAUACGAGAAAGGGGAGAACGAUGAGUUCCUCAAGCCCAUCAUCGUCGGCGGAGACGAGAGGAGGAUCAAAGACAACGACACCCUGUUCUUCUUCAACUACCGGUCCGACCGGGUCCGAGAAAUCACUCAGCUUUUGGGCGACUAUGAUCGAUCUCCCAAACCAGACUUCCCUUAUCCCAAGGGGAUUGCAAUCACCACCAUGACGCAGUACAAGACCGACUAUACCUUCCCAAUUGCUUUCCCACCCCAGCACAUGGGCAAUGUUCUGGCCGAGUGGCUGAGUAAGAAAGGCCUGAAACAAUGCCACGUCGCCGAGACGGAGAAGUAUGCCCAUGUGACCUUUUUCUUCAACGGAGGGGUGGAGAAACAAUUCGAUGGCGAAGAGCGAGAGUUGAUCCCCAGUCCCAAAGUUGCAACCUAUGAUCUCGACCCCCCGAUGAGCGCUCAAAAGGUGGCAGACAAGCUCAGUGAAAGGAUAUCGGAUCAAAAGUACGAUUUCUUGAUGAACAAUUUCGCGCCCCCCGACAUGGUCGGCCACACCGGUGUUUACGAAGCAGCAAUCAAGGGAGUCGCCGCCACAGAUGCCGCCAUCGGCACAGUGUACGAGACCUGCAAGAAGGAAGGCUAUAUCCUUUUUGUGACAGCCGAUCAUGGCAACGCCGAAGAAAUGCUGAACGAAGAAGGCAAGCCCAAGACCUCGCAUACGACUAACAAGGUUCCCUUUGUCAUGGCCAAUGCGCCUGAAGGAUGGAGCUUGAAGAAGCAAGACGGUGUUCUUGGAGAUGUCGCGCCGACGGUUUUAGCAGCGAUGGGAGUCGACCAGCCCGAAGAAAUGAGUGGGACGAGUUUGUUGGUCAAGAAGUAAGUGGACCUAUGCUUGGAAAAGAUGAUCCUUGGACAAUAUCUUUAUCGCGACACAGAAGGACGGACUUUGCUGUCGUCGCCGUUCCCUCGCUGUUAUUGUUAUUGUUGCUGCGAGCAUUGUAGCACUAGAAAGGCAUGAUGAGCUGAUGAGACAUGAAACCCCAUAGACGAAAGGCAGAAAAUCCAGAUGCGGGAGAAUAGAAUCUUCGAUUUCUGAGAAGUUUGAAGGAAGAUCAGGUUCGUCGAGCACAGCAGUCGGGGGAUUGCCACCCUUUGGGGCCUGUCGUCGUGCACGGCCCCUUUGGAGCAACACCCACCAACCCGCCCUGUAUUUCUAUCCAGCGGUUAACUGUUGUCGCCGUGUCUCUCUCCAGAGUGUGACACAGAAAUACUGUACGGUGUAGAAGGACCUACAAAAGGAUAUCUUACAAAAGAGGAGGGUUGCACUUACUCGGCAGCAAAUAUGAUGUAGAUAGGUAUGUUAGAUAGAGAUCAGAAUGUAGCCAGCAGCAUAUCGACAGGGUAGAGGGCUGUAUACGAAGGACUAUAAGCACCUAAGGGACCUAGAAAGCACUCCUUAUAUGCGGUACCCAGAGAGUUAUUAUGGGUGGGAUAGGCCGCCAAUGCCCGCCAUCGGC